AGCCAAGCACUUCACUCAGAGGAGGGAACCACUGAUGCAGGAGUGGCAUCUAUUUAUAGUGAAACCACAUGUGCUUCUGGCCAGAGGGCUGCAAAGCGCUGGUCUGGUUACAACUUCAGCUCUUGAGAAUAACGUGAUUCCUCUCCAGUGGGCUGAUAAGGUUUUAUCACACAUGCCCUGUAACAGCAGCAAAACUUUGACCCUGUGAGAAGAUCGUGUCACUUGUAGAUUUGCCUCUACUGCUGAUUUUCUUUGUCCAGAGAAAUGCAGUUUGUGUCUUUUUCGCUUUGGGAACUUAAGAAGAGUGUGAGAAGAGCCACAUUGAAAGGGAAAGGCUUUCUCUGCUUAGGAAAAUAUUGAAUGACUUCAGCUUUGAUCCUUUCUCUUAUCGGAUUUUUCACCAUGAAUCGGGCCUGGGCUGUGUUCAAGGCUCACCCGUACAUUGGUAACAUCCUGGGGUACACAACCUUGUUUGCCUCUGCUGACCUCAUCCAACAGAGCAUGCUGGGUGGGAAACCUGCAGCAAGAUCCACAUCAGAGGAUUCAGCAGAUGUUGACUGGCAUCAGACGGCUCGAGUGGCCACAGUCGGUUUCUGUUUCCAUGCUAACUUCAACUAUCAUUGGCUCAGAGGUCUGGAGAAGAUGCUGCCAGGAGGUGGAGUAAAGGCAGUGACUGGGAAGGUGGUGGUGGAUCAGCUGAUUGCAGGUCCUCUCACCAUCAGUGCCUUUUACAUUGGUUUAAGUUUACUUGAAAACAAAAAUGAUCCUCUUGAAGAUUGGAGACAGAAAUUUUGGACCUCUUACAAGACUGGGGUAGUAUUUUGGUCAACAAUGCAGGCAGUGAACUUUGCAUUUGUCCCUCCCGUGGCUCGGACAGUGUUUCUGGGAGGUGUCGCCCUGGUCUUCACAGUCUUCCUGUGCCACUUCAGAGAGCAGCCACACCACAACCAGGAAAGAACCUGAGACUUUCCAUGCCAUGUUGAAGCAUUCAAAAAUAUGGGUUUAGGAGAUUUUCACAUUAUUGCAUUCUGUUUUUAUUUACAUUGUAGAGAACAUCCCAGCUUUCUGGGAAUUGGUUUUGUAGAUUAGAGAAGGAUAUUUCAAGUAAGAUCAAGGCAAGAAUCCUACAGAUUCCCUCUGUGACUCAAAUGAUCAGGCAGCCUCAUGUAAUUCAAACUCUCUAAGAUACUGAAUGCAAAUGUGAACAAAAAAAUAUUAAAUCCUUAUUUUACUGCCACUGUUUCAGAGUUUCAUAUGCUGGAAAGGUUU